UUGUGCAUGGUACUUUAUCAUGAAUAUUAAAUAUCGUUAUUUAUUCGCCGGGCAAAAUUAAUCACAUAACAUUGAUAACAUCCUGUUAUCGAAAACGUUUUACUAUAGUAAAGAUUGGUGACCGGAAUGUGCUCUUAAUGUAAAGUCGUACAAAUGAAACAAUGAAAGUACUUGUCAAGUUUAGCUUAUGAUACUUAGACAGAUAGCAGCUUUGAGAUUAAACUAUUUUAACUUCCUCAUCUUUUAACAACGUGUCUCGUGUUCAUUUUACAAUAUAAAUUUUGGAUAAUCAUGAAGGAUUCUGUUUUAUUGGUAUUUAUCGUUUUGAUGAAAGCUUUGGUUACCUUUACAGAAGAUGAUGCAUCCUCUGUUAUAUCCUGCAACACGGAACUUUUGACUUGGCAAGAGGCAGUUGAAAAUUGUACAAACAAAGGUGGUUAUAUGCUUCCAUUUGAGACUGGUUUAGGACAAAAUAUAGACGCACUCCAUUUACAGAGUGAGAUAGACAUAUGGACAGCCGAUUAUAUAAUAAAAUCGGAUACCGGAAAUGACGGAUAUUGUGGAUUUAACUACCUGAAUAGUACAUUUUACAAAAUCAGAGUGUUGCUCUAUGGAGAUUGUUAUGCUAACAGAAAUUAUUUUUGCAAAAGUGAAACAGGGACGUUGGAGGUUUUUAACAGUACUCGAGAAAGUGUCCACUGUAACUAUAGCGUUCAAAUAAAAGACUUACACAGCAAUAGAUUAAGAAUUAAACCAGGAUACUAUUGGAAUUUUGGAACAUUGCAUGGAAAAGCUAGUAAAGCUAGAACAAUGGUGAACAACUUAAACAGUACAUUAUGUGGAGCCUUUAAAAGUUCAAUUGGAAUGUAUUAUGCAAAUUGUAACGUGAAACGUUAUUCGUUAUGUUCUAGCCAUGGGAAUGGUCCAAUUAAUAACGUUUGUUUUGAUGGACACACGCCUAAAGUAACUGAAUCCAGCACAAUUGUCACCAGAACAGAACACACUACCAAUGUCACAAACCCAACGACAAUGUCGAUGACAAGUCGCCAACAAACAACUGCAGAUACAUCCCAUAAAACAACCAAACAUCCAAUGACAGUUCUAACUUCAAUCAAAGAUAAAACAAAUGUGAAAAAGACACAUCCGCAAGAGGAAGAGCAAAGCUCAGAUAUAGGGAUAAAAGUUGGUGUACCACUAGGUAUAAUAUUACCUUUGACAUGUGGGGUUUUAAUUAUCAUUUAUAUUUACAGGAAAAGAAUGAAAUGUUGGCAGUCAAGCAAUCCAAAACAUGAAAAAGGACGCAUGAAUCCGUUUCACGAUCAAGAAACUUCGCCAGCUCACGGUCAGCUCAUCGUUUACUCAGAAAGUAAUCAAGAAACUCCAAAAUCAUCUGAUCACCACAUACAUGAAAAUUAUCUCACAGAUAUAAGUGCACAGUAUGCUGUUGUCACAAAACCUAAAAAGGGCGACACAAAAUCCAGAAAAGAUAAUUACUCAAAUAAAUCGUGUCAAAACGCAACGAAUGAUGAAUAUGAUGAUGAUGAUGAAUAUGAUGUUGCUGGUAGGUUUCAAAAUAGUAGAUCUAAUCAGUCGGACAAUCUAUACAACCAUUUUGAAAGCGUGGACGAGUAUAAUUCGACAUCUUUCGUAAGGGAAGGAGAAUGUAACAAUUUGUACAACACAACAGAAGACCGCAAUCUCGUUGAACCUGAUUACGACUCAACAAUUCAGGUGAAUAAUACAACAUUGCCUGAUGACGUUUAUAACCAUUUAUCUCAAGGUGAAAACUACUAUGACUCUACAUCAAAUACUAGAAAUAAAUGAUAAGACAAAUUUGCUGAACAAAUCAAGUGUAACAGAAAUUUAUUGUUUAUUAGAACUGCCUUACUGCGUGUCAUUUACAAGUUUGUUGUAUGGUUAAUAUAAAGUUUAUGUAGAAGCUGUAAUAAUUUGUCUAUUGCUGCUAAAAUAUUGAUCAUCGUCGGUUAAUGAUACCAGUACUUCUAGUGUUGAAGAUGGAACUGCUAUAUCCAGUACUUGAUCCCGCUCAAAUGAACAAUCAACUCAGUUUAAUAUUUGAUGUGUAUUUUGUGUCUAAAUAUACUUCAGACCAUGAACCCGUCAGCAAAUGAACAAUCAACUCAGUUUAAUAUUUUAUGUGUCUAAAUAUACUUCAGACCAUGAACCCGUCAGACCACAUACAUACCGAACAAGACAUUUCGGAAAAAAUAUUUUGGAUAUCUCGGACAUGAUUUAUGGGCACUUCUGACAGUGCAAUCAAUGUUUGAAAUAUUUCGCACCAUGUAUUUUUGUUGAUUUUGGUAGGCAUCUAAGUGUGAAUGCAUGCUAUUUUGAAUAAUGAUUUAAAUGAAUAUUGCACUGUAAAUUUGAUAAUGUUUCUUCACCCUUAACCUGUUUAAUAUUCUUAGACGGACUGUGCAGCCUACAGUCAGCUUCCAUUUUUAGGCAAAGGAGAUAUUUUGAAUUCUUAAUUAUUAUUAUCUACCAUUAAGCCAACGCUUCGUAUGAUAUUAGUUGAUAGGUUGUUCAACAUUUUUGUUUGAAAUUUUGAAUUAAUUGCGACAGGUACAUAGUUUGAGAAUUUAGUUUUGUGCUCGUCCAAAUAUAUUGCCGUAUAAUAUCAUUUUCAUGCUAUAUUACACCCACAUAAAUGAUGUAUUGACGUCACGUGGUAAUCUUAAUCAGACAGAAAUAUUUGAUUUGAUAAACAAUACUAUCGCUCAUCCAGAGUUAUAUAAUUGAAAUUACUUGAUGAGUUUCAGAAUGUGUUAAUUGCUUAAACAUUGCAGAGUCGUAAACGAAAUAAUGAUUAUGGUCAUCAGUGCAGUGUACGAAGUGAAUUGAACAAUUGAACAAACAGACAUUAACUUAGAUUUUCCGAUUGCCACUAUACUUGAACUGUAAGGAGCAAAUCAAUAAUAAAAGGAAAGACGAACAAGGAAACUAAAACAAAACAAAAACAAAAUGAAACGUUUGGCAAAUAGAUGAUACCUUUUACACUAAUGUAUUAAAAAUUAUGCAAUCGGUUUGGAAGUUUGGAACUUGACAGAUCAUGAGAUACGUAAAGACCAAUUUGCGACACAAAGCUCAUAGAAGUUUGACUGAGUUUUGCUUUUACAACACAUGUGAAAUGAACAAGAUCGUUUGAUGUCAGGACUCUUAUUUUAUAAAGAGUAACUGCACUCGAGGCAAACUAAAAAAUAAAUCAGAAAAAAAAAUCUGGGAAGCAUUAAUCACAACAAAAUAACAUAAGAAUUGCAGAGCCGAUUUGAUUGAGUCUGUACAUGAGGGAUAAUGAAUGUGUGCAACAUCCCUCACGCCCCCUAGCACCGGCUUGAGCGGUACCAAAUUCUCAACACUUAAUAGUGUUGGCAUCAAUGAUCCCGAAGGACCAGAAAAUAUAACAACACUGAAGUGAAGUACGGGGCAACUUUUUACGGCUGCCACACGGCAAUUGAAGGCAACUUUGAGCGCAUUUAAUAGAAACACACAGUAAAAUUUAUGAAUAAAAUGUGUAAAAGAAAUGUAUGAAAACAAUGUACUUGGGAAAUAAAUAGAAAGUGUUUUCUACUUUUCAGAUAAAAACUGACUUACUUGCCAUUAUGAGUAAUAAUGAUCUAUUUCUGAAAGAAAAUAUGUGUAAUCUAUAAAGGAAACGCAGAAUAAUCUUGUUUCACGACAAAAUGUUUGUAUAUUGUAUAUGUAUUUUCUCAAUAUGGUUUGCAUAAAUGAUUAGAUAAACCUUUGUGUACUUUAUUUGUGAUUUUAACAAAGAUAUUUGUAAAGAAAAGUUAGAUGAACUACAAUUCAUGUUACUUAUUAGAAGAAGACUCGUAAUAAUAGAUAAUUUAAAGUAAAUGCUUUCAAUGUUUCCUCGAAAAUUGAAAUGAAUAUUGCACACAUUUACAUCGUGUAUGAACAGAUUUUUUCUGCAAGAUGAAAUCUACGUCAAAAGACAAUAAUAUUGAACAAAAAUUAAAGCACAGAUGUUGAAUUUACCAAAGGGGACACAAAUAAAAGCAAUUUAAGACACUAUCACCUUUUAAAAGCAUGUUGUACGAUUUUUGAAACAUUUAGACCAAAAAAUAUCUUUCUCACUUAUCGAUAGCUAGCUACUUCUUCAAGUCCUUAAAGAGUGCUGUGAGUUUUAUUAGCAUAAAUCAUACAUUUACAAAAGGAGAAUUAACAUUUUUAU